CCAAUCGCCCGGCGGAGCGCCGCUUGCAACUUGCGUGAGAUUCGGACACAACAGGAAAACCUUCCUUGGACAACCCACCCGGACUCGACGAGCAUACGAUAUGCUGUCCACACACUCGCCCUCAGGCAUACAACGCCGAAGAACGCAACAUCGGAGACAAAUCUCGACACCUGCCAUAUACGAGGCGCAAAAACCACGACAACUACCUGCUAACAUACAACAGCGACGACACCUGCGGUCAGGCAUGAGCUUGGAUCUCAGAGGACUCAACCUUGAGACCGUGGCCAUGUCUGCUGCUACCCCCCAAUCGGAUCAGAAACCACCAGGAUCAACAAACACGACAUCCUUUCAACAUCAGGAUAGUGUGGUAAGUAUUACUAACCUAGGACAAACAUCACAGCAAUCUAUGCAAGUAGCGCAACCGCACAGCAUGCCCCAGCCGGGCCCCCAGGAUACCUUUUCGCAAUCCUCAGUACAUACAUCUCUCCCAUCACCUCGAACUCCUCAUCGGAUGCUGAGAAAUCAGUCUCCCAAGCAUUCCUUCCCUAACUCCCCUACUAAAACCCCGUCCGCCAAAGAGUUGGAGGAGUUAAAGGAGCAUAUACAAUCUGUUUACGGAAGCAACGGACCCGUAUUCAUCAACAUCCAGCUUCCUCCAACUCAAACACCCCAAAAGCAGCCUCAAGUACCCAGUUUUGAGCAAACCCCACUGUCCACGGACUUCUCUUCCAUGGCCAACAUCAAUUUUGAGCCAACGUCAAGCGCUAUGACUUUCGAUUUCGACCAUCCUGAUGUGGACUUUGGCUACGAAUCUUCCUCAAACUAUACCUCGGAUGCUCUUUCUCCUUCACCUAUCUCCUCCCCGCAUCAACGACUCGCCCAGCCUUUUCUCGCAGGCAUUGAAGAGGUUCCCAUUGAAGAAUCUUCAUUUCCACACCAGGAGAUGUAUGCCACAUCAGAGGUGCCGAUUCCAAUGGAGGGCAAUUUCAUUUCAAGCGUAUUUGCCCCACAACCGACUCUUCUACCUGAACUCGAAGACGAUGCAACACACGAAUUCACUGGUAUUUCUCCAGAAGACGUACAACGAUAUAUCAGUGAGCAGGACACCACCACUAGCAAAUGGACAUGCAUGUACCCCGAAUGUGGAAAAGUUUUCGGAAGAAGAGAGAACAUUCGGUCCCAUGUCCAAACACAUCUCGGCGAUAGACAAUUCAAAUGCCUUGGCUGCGGAAAGCGAUUUGUCCGCCAACACGACCUCAAACGCCACGCCAAGAUCCACACGGGAAAUAAACCCUACAAAUGCCCAUGCGGCGCAGGAUUUGCACGUCAAGAUGCGUUGACUCGUCACAGGCAACGCGGUAUGUGCGUUGGUGGAUUCGCCGAUGCCGUGCGGCGGCAAGCGAAGCGCGGCCGACCAAAGAAACAACGACCAGAUAUUGAAGAGCGCACCGACAAAGCCAACAAGACCAGACGAGCACUCGUCUCUGCGUCAUCGUCAGUAUCUGCCGACUCUCCUGAUUCCGAAAAUCGCUCUUCGUCUCCCUUGGAGGAUAUUCUGCAACCUCAGCCUUUGAUGAAGGUCCUUUCAGAGACCGGAUCAUUCAACGAUAGUAUGAACGAAUCUUCCAAUCCUUUCAGUUUUGAUACUGCCCCAAGUUCUUACGACACCGCCAAUGCCGUAAACUCUAGCUUCUUAUCAUCAAGCUCGUACGCCAGCGAAGUCGCUUCAAUGCAUCUUUUGCAACAUCUCUCCUCAAACAAUCGACACACACCCCCGAUGUCCCCUGCCGAGUAUCGACCCACCUCAUCCGACUCAGGGAGCCAAGCCAAGCUUCCCGUUCAGGCCAGCAGCCCUCUGAAAGGCUCAUCAACACCGUCUCAGUCAUCGGUUCAGUCGAAUCCGUUCUCUACUCCCCCAACGUCUCCUGCCGAGAUCAAAGAUGAACUUGAGCAGCUUUUCGACGGGCUCCCUGAUAACACCUGUUCCCAGUUCGAUCUCGAGAUGAAGGCUAUGGACGAGUUUACUUCAAUGGAUGAGUUUUUGGACUUUUCCAUGUAG